CUAGAAAACAAAAUAACUGUACUUAGUGUUGAGCAACGUGAAGUCCACGACACUUUGUGACUUGGACAAAACCUAGCAUUGGCUCUGGUAAUGAUCUCAACUAGAAGAAAAUGCCCUUUGCGAGUCCACUAUCUAGCUGCCCCUAAAAUAGUAACGGAAAACAAUUUUAGGCAGGGAUGGAAGGGAGAAUGUAAACAAAUGUAUAUAUAUAUAUAUAUACCUUAGAUCCUUAUUUAUUUGUUCAUAGCUUAAAACAGCUAUUCCUCCAUAAAGGUAAUGUUUAAAGCUCUCUGGCCAACACAGAGCUUUAGACUAGUUGUUAAAGGCGUCGGGGCUUUUAACCUGACAAUGAUGUUGUAUUUGAACAGCUGCGAUAAGGUUUUAAAAGGUCUGUCUCAUGGCCACAGCAGAGAUUUUAAAUAGGGUUAUUGUUUCUGACAAUACCAGGCUAUAGGGGAAAGGAAAACAAACUCACCCCAGAAAAUAAUGUAAAAUUCUAACUUCUGCUAGGGACAGAGGAGAUUUAUUUGGGGAGGGGGACGAGGUGGUUUGUUGGAAAGAGAGAUUUGAAUCGCCUUUUCAUGUGGAGGUCUGCGAGGCACCAUCUAACUUGCAUCCCCAAUAAUACAGAAGCAUUGAAUGCGCUUUGAAGCCGUUCAGGCCCCAAAGAAAUGUUCAGCUGAACCGGAAACACGAUUUAUCCACAAGUUCAGUGUAUCCUUCUGAAAUCCAAGUCCAGGGAGCCUCCUCAGGAGAGAUUCAGAAAAAGAAAACCCCUUAGAAAGCAGGAACUGGUUCACGGUCAGUGUUUCUCUCCGUGCUUUAUCCCCUACUCUUUUACUCUUAGCAGGAUAGGGGACUGUAGCUUCGGAGGGGAGGACAAGUUAAUGCCUCCUAAGACAAGUCUUUGGAAACCCAAGUUUAAAGCGUCCUACUGUUGCCUUUCUAUAUAGCUGGAGACAGUGGCCGGGAUCAAGGCUGUCUGUUCUCAAAGCCAGAGAAGGAAGUUGCCAGAACAGUUUCUCAUAAAACCCCGAGUUUCUGCAAUGUUGUUGUUGUUGUUUCCCACCCACCCACCUAAAUAUACACGACUAUAGCUCAAGACCAAGUCCAUUUUGUGGGACUUCACUUAACGAGAGGAAAACACAGGAUUGAGAUUUUCCUUUCCUUUCCUCUCCGCUCCUAUCCUUCUCUCUUUUUUUUUUUUCCUGACAAAACAAAAGCUCUCAUCAAAUAAUUUUAGGAAUCUCCGAGAACUAUAAAAUUCAACUUCUGACAAAAGUAUAGCUUUUAAUAUUUGACGAUUUGUGUUAAAACAAAAAUUGACCUCCUUGGUUAGUAGCGAAGGGAAAAAUCAAUAGUAUAAUUUUCAAUAAUUCAUAACGCGAACGCCAUUAUGCUAAAUCUUAACUAUUAAUCUUAUCCUUUACAAAGUCUCGAUUGAUUUGUUAAUAAAAUAUCUUCCCGUGUGUGGCAACAGAGGGUAUAACUCUUUAAAAACCUUCAGAAGCAAGAAAAUUACCAAGUAGCCCAAGAAUGUAGAUGAGAAUUUUAUUGAUCGCCCUGAUUCUUCUUAAUAUGUAUUAAUAAAUUCCACAACCUUUUGUACCUUGCACUUGUCAGAAACCAAUGCUUUUACAAAAUCCAUAAAAGGAAAACAUAUUUUUCUUUGCAUAAUAACUGAAUGACACCUUAGCAUUUCCCUUCCCCUCUAGCCAGCCAGUUACGGAAAACUUUCAAAGUCUGGAUUGCCAGGGGGAUUUGUUGAUCCCCCCCCCAUCCAUUUCCUUUCUUUUUUUCUUUUCUUUAUCGCCACUAUCUCCUCCCCCCCCCCCCUCUAAUUUUAAAAGUGUGGAGAUGAAGAUCCCAGUUCCAUUCUUAUGUAGGAAGCCGGAGGGGCGGUUUCUCUGACAGCACAUUGCUGGCAAAUAAUUGUCUCCUGUAUGAAACCUCACAGGGUCCCAGAGUGCAUGUGGUCAAGAGAAAUUCUCUCUUUCCGCUGGGGAGAAAUGUGUAUGCUGAGCCCUAUAGUAAACAGAGUCCUGAGCUUGGGAUGGAGAGGGCUUGGGGAAUGGGGCAUUACUUCUGCACCACUUUCCUCUAGACUUCACAUCCAGAUCCCUUGGCCUGUUUGCCCUUUCCCUUUCCUUUCUGUUUUCCCUUCCCACGAUUACUACAAGGAUCAUCAUCAACAACAACAACAACCACACAUCAAAUCGUUUUUUUAGCUUAGGGCCAAGAACUCAGGAUGCCAAGGAAUUUGGACUCACCUCUCCGGGAAUACCAGUCCUAAAUAAAUCAAGCCCCCCUCUGUCUGUCUGGCACAUCUAUCUGUCUUUAUCUCUGUAUGUAUACAUGCAUAAGUACAUAUAUGUGUAUAUAUGUAUAAUACAUAAUCUCCCUCCAUCACUUCCCCUCUCCCUCCUCUUCUCUUUCCUUCUUUCCUCUUCCCCUCCUGUCCUCCUUCCCUCCCGCUCGGCCGCCGGACUGCCUGGCUGCCGAAAGCCCCUUGUUUGCCUUGGGCGCAGUGCGCCAGGGCUGUCUGCCCGAGACCAGCUUCAGAGGAGCGCCCCGCUCUCCCCGCACUAUCCCCUGCGCGUUGUAGAUGUCGCUGUUGUCCGUGGUUGCUUGGCGGACCGGCCGGGCCCGGGGAGCACGUGACCCACGAGGAGGCAGCGGCUCAAGGCCAUUUUCAAAUCUCAUUGGCUUGGUUGUCAUGUGGUCGGGCAGAGGCAUCCACAAUUACACAGGGAAUGUUUUCCUAGAGAUGUCAGCCUACAAAGGACACAAUCUCUCUUCUUCAAAUUCCUCCCCAAAAUGUCCUUUCCCAACAGCUCUCCUGCUGCUAAUACUUUUUUAGUAGAUUCCUUGAUCAGUGCCUGCAGGAGUGACAGUUUUUAUUCUAGCAGCGCCAGCAUGUACAUGCCACCACCCAGCACAGACAUGGGGACUUAUGGAAUGCAAACCUGUGGACUGCUCCCGUCUCUGGCUAAAAGAGAAGUUAAUCACCAAAAUAUGGGUAUGAAUGUGCAUCCUUAUAUACCUCAAGUAGAGAGUUGGACAGAUCCGAGCAGAUCUUGUCGAAUAGAGCAACCUGUUACACAGCAAGUCCCUACUUGCUCCUUCACUACCAAUAUUAAGGAAGAAACCAAUUGCUGCAUGUAUUCCGAUAAGCGAACCAAACUAAUUUCUUCUGACGUCCCUUCUUACCAGAGGUUGGUCUCUGAAUCAUGCCCCAUUGAAAAUCCCGAGGUUCCUGUCCCAGGAUAUUUUAGACUGAGCCAGACCUACGCCACUGGGAAAACCCAAGAGUACAAUAACAGCCCCGAAACGAGUUCAACUGUAAUGUUACAGUUAAACCCUCGCGGCUCUGCCAAACCGCAGCUAUCUUCUGCCCACCUUCAGAUGGAAAAGAAAAUGAGUGAAAACCCCAGCAACCAGGAUUCAGCUAAAGUCCCUCAAGUGGAAAGCCCCGAGCCCAAGUCCACUUUGCCAGAGGAGAGGAGCUGCCUAGCUGAAGUGUCCGUGUCCAGCCCAGAAGUCCAAGAGAAGGAAAGUAAAGAGGAAAUCAAGUCCGACACUCCAACCAGCAAUUGGUUAACUGCAAAGAGUGGCAGAAAGAAGAGGUGUCCUUAUACUAAACAUCAAACACUGGAAUUAGAAAAAGAGUUCUUAUUCAAUAUGUACCUCACUCGCGAGCGCCGCCUAGAGAUCAGUAAGAGCGUUAACCUCACUGACAGGCAGGUCAAGAUCUGGUUUCAAAACCGCAGAAUGAAGCUUAAGAAGAUGAGCAGGGAGAACCGAAUCCGAGAACUGACCGCUAAUCUGACCUUCUCUUAGACCCUAACACGGGGACAGAAACAGUGAGGAUAUUCGGCACAACAUUCCCCGGGUGCAAAAUGCAGGAGAGACUUGGAAAACACAAAAUCUUCAUUUUUCUUUCCUUUUUGUUUUUGUUUUAUCCUGAUAGAAUGUGACUUUGGGGUCAUUAUUUUAGUGCUGCAAGUGAAUCUGUAUACCU